GAUCCAUCAAGACGCCCAUCGUGGUCCUGCCUUUGCUUCUUCAGUCUCAGCAACAUGUCGCGCUCCGACCCUUUCUUCAAAGCCAUCGAGACCCGAAGGACCUACUACGAUCUCACAAAUGCUUCCUCUAUCUCUGACGCCGACAUCCAGGGCAUCCUCGAGCGAGCGAUCAAGUUCACUCCGAGCCCCUUCAACAUGCAGAGCGGUCGGCUGGUGCUGGCCCUGGGCCAAUCCAACAAGAAGCUCUGGUCGAUCGUAAAGGAGCACUAUCUGGAGUCGAUCAAGGACAACGCGGACCAGGUGGCCUUGCACAGCAAGAAGAUCGACGAGUAUGCCUCGGGCCACGGCACUGUCCUCUUCUUUGAAGACCAGAGUGUGCUGGAGUCGUGGUACCAGCGAAUGCCCCACUUCAAGGCUUGGGGCUGCUUCGACACCUGGUCUCAAAACUCCACCGGGAUGCUGCAAUUCGCGAUAUGGACAGCGCUCGAGGUCGAAGGUCUCGGUGCCUCGCUCCAGCACCACUCCGAGUAUGCCGAGCCAAUCAACGGAGACAUUCUCAAGGCUUUUGACCUGCCGGGCACUUAUAAGAACACUGCUCUGAUGCCCUUUGGCAUCCCUGGCCCCUCUCCGCUGAGAGAAAAGACUUUCAUCCCUGUGGAAGAGAGGGUCAAGGUCGUCUCUUCGUAGCUCGCGCCUGCACGACGCGUGGGCCACUCAUCGUUAAUUCCGCGCGUGGGGCAUUCCUACAUCUAGAACUCGUCGCCAGAGCUUUCUUGUAGUAGCUAGGCUUGCUACGCUCCCGCAACGCAUUGGAAUACAUCGCUCGCCACAAGCUCAUCCAAUGUGGUUGACUGAUCAUGAGGGUUUAUGGACACGUCAGAAGGGCGCGAUGAGGGCUAUGGCAUAGUCUC